AUUGACAUCGGAGAGAAAGAGAGAAGAAGAGAGGGGGGAAAAGAAGUGUGGAGACUCAAACAAGCACAGCAUCCACACAAAGGGGAAAGGAAUCAAGGGAGGGAAUCCGAACAUUUCCUCAGUCACCUCUCUCGCGUUCUGAUAAUCAAGAAAAACAACAAUCAUCAGUGAGCGCAGACAUUUAUUCCGAUUUUUUUCCCUCCCCUCAUCACACAAAGAAAAAAGGAAGAACGAAACAAAGAAGCUUUUUUUUUAAUCUCAAAGAAGACAAACAUCUACAAAUGAAAGUAGCAGCAAUGGCGCCCUCUCUGAUCCAGGCCUACAGAAGGCGCUGGUGGAUGGCGGUGACGGCGGUGAUUGAAAACCUGCUGUGUUCAGCCGUGCUGUUGGGCUGGGGCUCGUUGCUCAUCAUGCUGAAGAGGGAGGGUUUCUACUCUUACCUGUGCUCAGAGAACGACUCCAUGGUCAGUACUUUGGGGAACUCCUCCACUGGUGAGGUGGACAAGUGGGUCACCUGUGUGGACCAGGAGGAGAUGCUGAAUCUGGGAUUCACCAUUGGCUCCUUUUUGCUCAGCGCCACCACCCUCCCCCUCGGCAUCCUCAUGGACAAAUAUGGGCCUCGCCCAAUUCGCCUGGUGGGCAGUACGUGCUUUGGGCUGUCCUGUGGUAUGAUGGCUGUAUCUGCCUACAACACAAAUGUUCUGUCUGCGCUCAUCUUCUUGGCCCUGUCCCUGAACGGCUUUGGAGGCAUCUGUCUGACCUUCACCUCCAUCACGCUGCCCAACAUGUUUGGCUCCCUGAGCUCCACCAUCAUGUCCCUGAUGAUCGGUUCCUAUGCUUCGUCUGCUGUCACCUUCCCUGGAGUCAAGGUCAUUUAUGAUGCAGGUGUCUCCUUCCAUGUGAUCAUGUGGGUGUGGGCCGGCCUGGCAGGGUUUGUCUUUUUCAACUGUUUCUUCAACUGGCCCGCCGAAGGCUUCCCAACUCCCGAUGAGGUGGACUACAGCAAGAUCCAAGACCUGAAAGACCUGCCUCCAUCAGCGGAGAAGGAGAGACUUGGUCAUACAAACGGAGAGGUGCGACGCUCCACCGAGAAGCUUCCUAAUGGUUGUGACGCUGCACCCAAUGCCGUUCCUUUCCGCCGCUCUGUGUUCUCUCCCAUCUUCCUGUGGAGUUUGGUUACCAUGGGAAUGUCCCAGUUGAGGAUUAUCUUCUUCAUGGGCGCGAUGAACAAGAUGCUGGAGUUCAUGGUCACGCACGGUGGAGCACAUCCAACUGAUGAUAUGGUGAUUGAAGCUGGAGAAAAGGUGGGCUUCUACUCCUCCAUCUUCGGCACACUGCAGCUGCUGUGUCUGCUCACAUGUCCUCUGAUUGGAUACAUCAUGGACUGGAAGAUGAAGGAGUGUGAAGACGAGAAGACUUCUGCUACAAGCACAGAGAUCAGCGGACAGAGCAAUGGGCCCAAGAGAGAUCGCAAGAUCCAGAAAGUCACCAACGCCAUGAGAGCCUUCAUCCUCACCAACAUGCUGCUGAUUGCUUUCGGAUGCUGCUGCCUCAUCGACAACCUGCCUCUACAGAUUUUGACCUUCAUCCUGCACACCAUGGUCCGAGGCUUCAUCCACUCCUGCUGUGGAGGCCUUUACGCUGCUGUCUACCCGUCCAACCACUUUGGCACACUGACCGGCCUCCAGUCCAUGAUCAGCGCAGUGGUCGCUCUGCUGCAGCAGCCGCUCUUCAUCACUAUGGUGGGACCGCUGCAUGGAGACCCAUACUGGAUCAACCUCGGCCUGCUCAUCACUUCACUGUCCGGCUUCCUGUUGCCUGGAUACCUGUUCUACCACCGCAGAUGCCUGGUGAGGGAAAAGGAGGCCAGAGACAAGCAGGCCGGCGGUCCCGAGAUGCAGGCGCUCAACCACACAGAGGCCAACGGCUUCAAGCCCCACAGCAACGGCAUCUCUGCUGCGGAGGCUUAAGACAACGCAACACUUUCAGCUUCCAACGAACCAGAGCAGACACAUCGUCGACCCACAAACUCAGAGCAGGGCAGGAAAAGAUGUAUCAUUAUCAUUUGUUGCUGUUAAUUUAUUUUAGCUAAGGUCAAGGAGCCAAAUUAGAGUGAUUCAAAGCCAUCGGUCACUCACAUUAACAUGCAGAGUACUUGCACUCAUGUCCACUGCACUUGAAACAUGAUAUGUACAGUCACAGACGUCUAAAACCACAGCACAAUCCUAACGCUAACACCAAAGAACACCUUAAAGGUCCAGUGUGUAAGAAGUAGUCGCGUCUAAUGGUGAGACUCCUCCCCUCACCCUCCCAGGGAACAACGGUGGCCUUUGCGUACCAGAAAGGAUGUUGUUGCUUUCCACUAAAGCAGUAAACAUCUGCUUUAAAAGUUGAAAGGCACACUCCAGCUGCUUUGUCCUGUCCGGCUGUUGCAGGAACAUAUGUGUUUCCACCGAGUGGUAUGGUUCAGUACGGAACAUAUUUUUUUGCGUUUCCAUUCGGAAUAGUACAAAAAUAACCGGCCCCGACCAUACUGUACCAUUUUACUCCCCUAAGGGAAGGGUACUGAAAACUGGAAUGGUACAGUCCGGGAGGAGCUAGAAGCGGUCUGUUGUGUCACGUUCAUUGUCGUCGCACUGGUACAGUAUGACUGCUCGCUACGUAUCUCACUGACGUGGCCGACAUCCUCCUACCUACCAAGUAAAGGUACUGUUCUCAGUCGCAACGCAAGCUGACCCAGGGCUUUACCGAACCAAACUAUACCGUACUGUACCAAACCAAAUUGUACCAUGACGGCAACACGGCUACAGUGGCACAAGAUGGCCGCCAUAACGCCAGGACCUUGCAGCAAGUACAUAGAAUAGAAUAGAAUAGAAAAUACUUUAUUAAUCCCUUGCGGGAAAUUCUUUCGUCACAGCGCUCCAGUGUACAAAGGUAACGAAUGUUGUAACAGCAAUUUUUUUGGAAAUUACAAAAUUACAAACUAUAGGAAGAAGUAGGAGUAAACAUAAGAGUAAAAUUACAAAAUUAAAGAAUACUAUUAAAAUAAGAUACAAAACAUUUUAAAGCAUUUACUACUAUACAAUAUAGUAAACAUAUUCAGUUUCUGCCAAUAAACCCACCAUCAUCAUUUUACACACUGGACCUU